AGUAUCAUGUUGCGCGAUGUCUGGCUCGUGUAAACAAAUUUUUGAAAUUUUCUAUAAACGCAAAGUAUUGGCGUAAAUGUUCUACUAUUUUGUUCUAAAUUAGAAGAUUUACUCGAAACGAAAUAUAUCGAAGCUACGGACUAAAUGGAAGAUUCAUUGUUAAAACGUCGGUGCGCGUUCGUCGUUUGUCGAUAAAUGUGACCAGUUUUAAUUGUUGUUUACAAUUAAGAACAGUCGAAGGAAGCUAUUGCUUCUUUUAUAACCAUUACGUUCAGAAGGAGCAGCAUGUCGUUUCUUCCCGCAACAUAAGAACGUACGCUCAAGAUUGAAAGUCGUUAACGAACGAUUCGACGAUGCAGAGAACAAAUUUACCCGUUGUACCCAUGCAACUGGACUCGUCGAUCGCGAUAAAGAUAAGCAUGGGUGGAUCUAUGUUUCAAGAAAGAACGUUAAUGGGUCGUUCCGAUGUAUGGCACAAAAUUAAAAUCGUUAAAGGAACACAAUAUAACAAGGAGACAGUGCUGAAAGCUAUUUUGAACGCCAUUGAACCGGCAGAGUUAAUUCCUGUCAAGUAUCAAGCUAGCGGAGAAGACACUUUUUUCCUAGCACGGAACUGUGCUCAUGCUCUUGACAAACUUUGCAAAACUAACUUGAUAAUCAAGAAUCCUGAAGGAGAUCCUCUGAUACUAAUAGUAACUUUGGGAUACGCGUCCAUUCACGAUCUCAAACUAAAUCUUCAACCUUUGCUGCUAGCAGCUAUGAGUAAGAGAUACGAUCCUAACAGGAAAGCUCUAGAUUUGGAAGAAUUUCACAGAGAUCCAGAGGUAUCUAAAACGAUCUACUGUCCGCUAACCCAACAGAGAACCUUCAACCAUGUUAUGAAAUUAAUCAAGACGGCGAUUGCUGCUGUAGAACACCUAAAUUUACAGAAGAACGAACUGACUAAUCUGUUGGCCAUAGAAAAUUCUAAUUUGACCACCGUCAAGUACCUUGAUCUAAGGUACAACAAUUUAAUCUCUAUGGAAUUGCUUGCCCCUUUGAAAGAACUACGUAUAGUAAAACUAUGGUUGGAUGGAAAUCCUUUGUGCGAAAAUUAUUCAAACUCGAAACAAUACAUAGAGUCCGCGAAAAAGUAUUGUCCUAAUUUGGUUCAGUUGGACGGAGUUUACGUGAAAUCUAGCAACUUGCCGCUGUCUUGCGCCAACUAUUUCAAAUGCGAGGCGAGGGAGGAACUGGUCAUUAAAUUCGUCAAUCAUUUCUUUCAUCUGUACGAUCAAAGCGAUAGAACUGUUCUGAGAGGACUGUAUUACAAAAACGCAUUUUAUUCCAUGAGCUUUGGUAUCUCGUCCGCUGCGGCUCACAAAAGAAAUCUUGGUCAAUUUACGGCAAGUAGAAACUUACUGAGAAACGCUGACCCUAACAAAAAACGGCAACACCUCUAUUACGGACAGGACAAUAUUCUAGGCGGUUUGAAGAGAUUACCACGAUCUUAUCACGAUCGAAAUUCGUUCGCGUGCGAUCUGAUGCACGACGACGGUAAAUGUUUAGCGAUCUCUGUCAGUGGUUUGUUUAAAACAUUGAACAAUUCUUCUCAAGUUUUAUCGUUCAAUAGAACGUUCGUGAUAUUAGCUGGUCCCGAUAACGAGUACAAUAUUCUGAACGAUCAGUAUCACGUCGAUUCGGCUCCGGAAGAAAUUUCACCCGGUAGUAUAGAAGCGAAAAUUUCGUACGAAGAAGUAGCGCCAUUGUGCUUCAGUGUCACGGAGAAGAAGGAGUUGUUCAAUAAAUUUGUGGAGGUGACCACCUUGAACAACGAAUGGUGUCAAACGUACUUGGAAGAAGCCAAGUGGAACAUAAGGAAAGCGAUUUCAAAUUUUAUGAAAGAUUACAAAUCUUCCGCUGUACCGAACGAAGCAUUCAUGAGAUAGUACUGUAUUUUUCUACGUGCAAUGUAUUUCCUCUGUAAAUAUUACUUAUAAAGAAACAUAUUUUUAUUUA